AAUCGGUUGAAGUCCGCUGUUAAUAGGUUUCGAAUCUUUAUUCGGUGACGGCCAACGCCAUACCUGAAUCAGGGCCUCCACUGAGUAAUUCCCCCCGGCGGUCGGAAGCAUCAACCCUCCCCGCACCGCCAUUUUGCACCCAAGGAUUUUGUCCUCCCACAUUGAAUUCUCAAGCUACUUGCUUCCUUUCCUUUUGGCCCCUUUUCCGGAAAGGGUUUCGCUGUGUUUACGAAUUUGAUUCUAGGGGCCGUCAAUUUGGUUCCUCUUUGGUAAUUGAGGGGAAGGAAGUAGGAACUGUGGGUAUAUUUACUAUGUCUACGCCGCAGAAGAGGUUUUGGUCGGAGGCGCAGAAACCUGGGCGUGCUUUCCAUCCGACUUCGAAUUCUAUCGGCAGGGUUGCCCCAAGAAUCGGAGAUGGGAGUCUCCUGAGAGGGAAAAGCCUCGCAGUUACCGAAGGACUGACACCCAAUGGGGUUGGCUAUGAUUUGGACAGUGAGGAAUUGCCGAGCAAGAUUGAGAGGCUCGAGGACGAGUUGUAUGAGUACCAGUACAAUAUGGGUCUUCUUAUUCUUGAAAAGAAGGGCUGGAGUGCUAAAUUUGAAGAACUUAAGCAAGCAUUAGUUGACACGACAGAUAAGUUUAAACGCGAGCAAGCAGCACACUUGAUUGCAAUCUCUGGUGCUGAGCAGCAAGAAGAGAAGUUGAGAAGCACAUUGGGCUAUGAAAAGCAGUGUGCUGUGGAUCUGAAGGAGGCAGUUCAGGAGAUGCGUUCUGAAAUUGCUGAAAUGCAACUUAGGGCUGAUUCAAAGUUGGCUGAUGCAAAUGAACUGGUUAACAGUGUUGAUGCAAAGUAUCUCGAUGUUGAGGCCCAACAGCGAGCAAUUGAAGCUAGGCUAGCUGAAGUGAGCAGAAAGAGUUCAGAGCUAGAGAGAAAAUCACGGGAGGUGGAAUCCCAAGAGAGCUCUCUUCGAAAGGAGCGCUUAUCUGUAGUAGCAGGGAAAGAAGCACAUGAUACCAGUUUGUCCAAGCAAAGAGAGGAGUUGCGAGUCUGGGAGAGAAAAUUAGAUGAAGAAGAAGAGUGGCUAUCAAAUGAUCUAAGAAUUGUCAAGGAAAGGGAUGAAAGGGAAGGUCAUAGUGAUAGAAUCUCUGAACAAAAAAUUAAGGACCUUCGAGAGGCACAAAGGAAGAUAGAUGAAGCAAACUCAAUCUUGAAGAGGAAAGAAGAUGACAUUGCUGGUCGACAAGCUAAACUGUUCCUUAUGGAAAAGGAUUUUGUUGCUACAAAAGAGAAUUUGCUGUUGAAGGAGGAGGAGUUACAGACCCUGGAUGAGAAGUUGAAUGAGAGGGAAAAAGUUGAGAUUCCAAAACUCCUUAGUGAACAUAAUACAAUUUUGGAUGCCAAAAGAUGUGAGUUUGAGUUGGAAGCUGAGCAACGGAGGAAGGCUGUUGAUGAGGAGUUAAAGAGCAAAGUAAUUGAGCUUGAGAGGAAGGAAGUUGAUGUGAAGCAUAUGGAGGAGAAAUUUGCAAAAAGAGAGCAAGCUUUGGAUAAGAAAUCGGAGAAACUUAAGGAGAAAGAAGCUGAAUUUGAAUCCAAAUCGAAAGCUCUCAUGGAAAAGGAGAAGAGCUUGAAAUCUGAGGUAGAAAACUUGGAGGGAGAGAAAGCACAAUUGGGAACUGAGAAAGAACGUCUUCUAAAUCUCAAAGCUGAACUAGAUCAUGUAAAGGCCGCCAAUGAUAAGCAGUUCCUAAAGAUAUCUGAAGAGAAGGAGCAACUCCAAAUAAGUGAAGACGAGAGGUCCGACUAUAUUCGCUUACAAUCUGAACUGAAAGAGGAAAUAGAAAGGUGCAGGUCUAGAGAGGAGCUUCUGUUGCAAGAGGUUGAAGACUUAAAGCAGAGGAAGGAGAAUUUUGAAAGGGAGUGGGACGAGUUGGAUGAGAAAAAAUUUGGAAUUGACAAAGAGCAGAAAAGCAUUAGUGAUGAGAAGGAAAAGUUUGAAAAGCAAAAGCAAUUGAAAGAAGAAAGGAUAAAGCGUGAUAAAAAGGCUAUGGAUGACUUGAUUAAAAAGGAACUCGAGUCUCUUGAGUUAGCAAAAGCAUCUCUCAAGACAAACUUGGAGCAUGAGCGAUUGCUAAUGGUUGAGAAAGCACAAACUGACAGAAACUUAUUGUUAGAUGACAUUGAGGUAAAAAAGUCUGCACUAGAAAAUAGCUUGCAGAAAGCUCAGGAGGAAAUGGACAGAGAUUUGCAGAAGAAGACACAGCGCUUUGAAGAAGAGAAGCAGAGAGCUUUAAAGGAUGUAAAUAUCCUGCGAGAUGCAGCCAAAAGAGAGAUGGAGGAUAUGGAAGUGGAAAGAUCCAGGUUAGAGAAGGACAGGGAACAGCUUGAUGAAAACAAAAAGCAACUUCAACAGCAACAAAUCGAAAUGCGAGAAGACAUUGAUAUGCUUGGUGAUCUUAGCAUGAAGCUCAAGGUCUACAGAGAACAGUUUAUUAAAGAGAAAGAGCAGUUCAUGUCUUUCGUUGAGCAACACAAGGGUUGCAGUAACUGUGGGGAAACAGCUUUCCAAUUCCAGCUUGCUGAUUUGAGCUCAUUGCAAGAAACGGGCAAUGCUAAUGCUGACAAUGGUACUUUAGCUUCUGAUGAAAGGCUAGAGGGUGAGAGGCCUGUUACUACUCCCAGCCAAAGAGUAUCUCCAGUAUCUUGGCUACAGAAAUGUACCACGAAGAUAUUCAAGCUGUCCCCACUUAAGCGGGGGCAACUUGUAAAAGAUUUGGAUGAGGCUGCUCCAGCUACUGACAAAGUUGAUGUUCUUGAUGAUGAACAAGAGCUGUCUUUCUCAUAUGGAAACCACUCAUUUGAUGACUUAAGCAACACCAACAGCAGGUCUUUGGAAUUGCCCGAAGUCUCCCAGCCUUCUGAUCUCAAGAAGCAUGGUCAGCGUCACAAGAGAACAAGAGGUAAAGUGAGUAGAACAAGUACUAUGAAGGCUGUUAUUGAAGAAGCCAAGGUGAUUCUUGGGGAGCCUAAUAUGGCUGAAGAUUCUGUGAGGUCUGAAAGCCAUGGCGAAUCUGGCCAUGGUGAUAAAGUUGCUCAUCAAGGAAGGGGAAGGAAGAGAAACCGAGGACAGGCAUCUCAGACUACUGCUAGUGAACUUGAUGGCAAUGAGAGCGAUGGACAUUCAGAUAGUAUAAUCACUGGCAAGCGCAAGAAGAGUCGGGCAGGUGCUGUGCCUGUUGAAACACGAUACAAUCUCAGGCGAUCGAAACGGGUUGCUGUGGUGAAUGUAAAAGCCACGUCAGACUUGAACAAUGAAAAUGAACAAGGAGAAGCCACUGGUGCUGUGCAUGUAGAGGACCGAGAUAUCACAACAGUUAAUGCAGGUACAUCGGUAGGAGGAGCUGCUACUGAGCAUGGCGAAAGCAGACAACAUGUGAAGCAGAGCGAGAAAGCUGCAGAGCGUCUGGAUGGUGAAGCUCAUGAAGAACCAGAUGUAACGAUGAGUGAAGAGGUUAGCGGAAGGAUGGAAAUGCGUUGGGAGAAUUCAGAACAGUGUAGCAGCAAAUCUCAUGGAGGCGAUGAAGGUGAUGAUGAAGAAGAGUCUGAACAUCAUCCUGGCGAAGCCUCAAUAGGGAAGAAGCUCUGGACUUUCUUCACAACGUGACUGACUAGUGCAAGCUUAGCAGUCCUGUUAAACGGAUUCUUGAUUGAUCUGAGUAUAUAGUAGUAAGCUAUUACAACACUCAAGUUCAUGUAGGGUGGUGUUAUUGAGGGGACAUUAUUGUUUUACCUUAGUUUACCAGAGUUAGAAUUGAAUUCAGAUAUCUCUGGGUGGUUUCUGCUGCAAAAUGCAGCCAAAUGUUUUCUUGGAUCGACUUAAUGCAAUUUUGUAAUAGUAUUUCUACUUGAACUGCUUCAUCCAAGAUUUCUGAAAGUUGGUUACACAGUAUUCUUGAGGGGUAGAAAGAUCAACAAGGCUAAUCACUACCAUGACUUUUCUGAUUAUCUAAAAUUUUGGGGAAGUAUGAACAAACACCCAAGUCAAAAUCCCUAAAAAAAAGUCAAAACUAGGGUCUCAAAGGUAGAGUUCUGGACUCAGGAGUUCGAUCUACAACAUCGUACUCACAUUAUGUAACAUUCCUACAGAAGUCACAAGUAAUACUAGGAGCCGUCAAAUGCAAGCAAUGAUCAAUCCUUUUCUCCAACCAGGCCAAUCUCCUCUCCAAAUCCAGGACCCCAAUGUGCAUGAUCCUAAUAUCGACUUGUGCGACUCUCGCACAAGAACGCAGCAGGAUGUAGUAGUCCGCAUGUGCAACAUAUCUCAAGACACCCUCAUCCUGUUUCCUCGAGUACUGGAGGUAACCAGAUCUCUUGAUGUUAACCCUUGGUGGGAUGUAGCAAAAUCGAUUCUCCUCCAUGUUCAACUUCAAUUUCUUGAUUGCAGUUUGUUUGGCAGGGUCACUGUUGUCAGAAUCCUGAAGUGGGCUCUCAUGGAACAUCUCUCUGAAUUGCCUUGUUCUUGGCUGAAUUGGGACAAACCUGGCGUCAUCGCUCCUCGAUCUUUUCUUGUCAGAAGUGCGGCCUUGCUUUCCAGCCAUUUCCUCUGCAGGUUCAUAAUCCUCUGCAUUCUGAUAAAAAUCCCACAACUUGUCUAUCAAUUCUUCCUCCUCCUGCUUCCACUGAGCUUUGCGCAAAGAUGACCCAACUCCUGCAAAUACCACGUCCUUGCAGUACUGGAGAUAUGAAGUCAAGUCUUUUGCAAAUUCUGCAGGCACGAACGAGAGAAAAUGAGCUGCUUCUAAGACGCAAAUUCAACAAGUGCAACAUUCCAAACCGUUACCACAUGGUUCUUCAAUCUCACUAUACUUUGCUUCAAGGUUGCGCAAGAGUUCCUCGGAAUCGAACUCUGAUAUCUGAACAUCCUUUUCAUUCUUGACCAAAUUUUCACUUGAAUCAGCUACCUCAUGCAGAGGGUAGCCAUUAUCCUUGCCGCCAUCUCCCCUCACCCCAGAAAGGACACCCUUAGAUAAGCUCCUCUCCCAUGCACCAAACCCGUUUAUGUUGUAGAGAAUUCUUAUGGCUACAAUCAGUAUAGACAUCACAGAGACACGAGAGGGAAGUCUCAACUCAUUUGUUGACAACCAUAAACCGGGGGGCAUCGACCACUCAUAGAUGCGACAAGCAUGUGGAAGAAUCUUUUUGCUGGGAACAGACAGCCGAUUGAGAUAGCAACAAGCCACUGCAUGGAAGUUCACUGGAGGCAAAUUCAAGCCUAUCGACUCCGCAAUACUAGCAGCCAUUCGCUCCAACUUCUGUACUGGAAUCGACUUACAAGGCCUAAACAUUAGGGCUGAACUUAUAGGACAGGCAAGCGAGGGCAUGCCGAAACGCUUCUCGAUCUCAACAUGAGCAGCAAAAUAAGGAAUCUUCCCUUCGAUCGACCACUUCACUAUAUCCGUUGGCAAAAUUGCUUCUCUUGCAACAUGGCAAGCCAAAAAACAUAUAGCCAAAGAGCAAUCAAGUGGUAUUACCUUUCUCAAACUCCUAAACCAAACCAUUGCGACAUGCUGGCCAUUCUCCUUGUGUAGUUCAUCCCUGCCCUUGUCAUGGAUCUUACUGUCAUCAAAUUCUCCUAGCUGGUUUUCGGAUUCCGUAAAAGUGUUAUCAGCCCAAACAUCUUUGAAUACUCCAGCAGCAACCACGAACCUCAGCCAAACAGCAGAGGCCACCCCACAAAUCAAAGGGCUGACACCGAACUUGGCAACCAACGCCUCGCACUGUAACUGAAUCGUCCACUGAAUCCCCUCUAUAUACCUAUUCCUCACCUCGUUGCAGCAAUCCUCGUACCUGGGCACCUCCUUGGUUCCCUCAGAAGGGGUGUGCCGCCGAUGCCGGGUGACGCCGCCGCCGCCGCCGCAGCCAGCGGUUUUACCGUCGUCGUCGGUUGCUGUCAGUAUGAUGCCUUGGGCCAUGGUAAGGCAAUGACGGCAGUAAUAGGAACCACCGUUCUCGAAGAAGAUGCGGCCUCCGCAGUCAUGGCAUUGGUAGUUUUGAGUCUCGAUAUCUUCCUCCAUCGGACGGCAACAGCCGGAGCCGUUUGGCCAGUUUGAGCAAACAAUAAAUCUGAAAAUCCCGCAGUCCUU